AGCCCUGAAUGAUGUGCCGCUUCGUUAUUUACAAGGGUACCGAGCCAGUGCAACUUUCUCAUCUCCUCACGAAACCUUGUCACUCGAUUAUCAACCAGGCAUUCAACUCACGCCUCAGAGUCGACCGUCGGAACCCUAUCAACGGCGACGGCUUCGGCGUCGGCUGGUAUGACUCGGUAUACGACGAAGAGCUGGGAAAUCAGCCGUGCAUCUUCACUUCUGUGACCCCUGCCUGGAAUAACGUCAACCUUCAGCGUCUUGCCGAAAAGAUCAAGUCUCCUCUUGUAUUUGCACAUGUUCGCGCUACUACUGCCGGCUCACUUUCACUGGACAACUGUCACCCUUUCGUACAUGGCAAGCUAAUGUUUAUGCACAACGGCGGCAUUACCGAAUUCUCAAGGAUCAAACGGCGCCUACAGUCGACACUUUCCGAUGAGAUUUUCAACGUCCCAAACGGCAAUACUGAUUCCGAGUGGGCAUUUGCAUUGUUCCUGUCAAAGCUUCCGGACGCCAAUGCAAAGUCCUUUACCCCUUCCGUGCUAAGGCAGGCGAUGCUUGAGACGAUUGCUACUUUGAACGGCUUUGCACGGGAAUAUAGCAUCACUGAGCCAAGCCUCAUGAAUUUUUGUGUAACAGAUGGGGAAACAGUCGUAGCAACGCGAUAUAUAUCAUCCAAAGUAGACGAAGCGGCGUCACUGUGGUUUUCCUCGGGGACAACCUUUUCCGAGUAUGCAAAGGGUGGACACUACAAGAUGUCGAAGGCUGAUAAGCGGGAAAAUAUAAUCAUGAUUGCGAGCGAGCCUCUCACAUUUGAAAAAGCCGAUUGGAUGGAAAUUCGUACGAACAACAUGAUUGUGGUCACGCCGAAGAUGAAUCUGCUGCAAAUACCCAUUGUUGAUGAGUUCUACGUUCCCCCUUCGGACCCUGCAUCCCUUAACCGGACAACGAGUUUUGCCGAGGGUAAAGGUUUGCUUAACCCACGGCGACCCCUCUGACAGGUUUGCUGGUCGAUGAAUAGAUGGAUGGAUUAACGAUAACCUGACGUGCGUCAUUUAUCUUUAUAUGCUUGGAUCAUGUUCCAUUUGCUUCGGUAUCGUCUGUGAACCAAGCUAGAGCCACCAAUCAAUUUGUCUUUGCUUCG